GCAGUCCAGAUGCAGGGUCGGGGGGCAUUAGGUCCGGGCUGAGGAUCAAUGGCUGGCCCGUGGGGCUCGCUGUGCCGCGUGCUGCUGAGGAGGCGCGUGUACGAACCCGACCAGCUGGACCAGGGCAACUUGAAAAGAUGUCUAACAGUAUGGGACCUCACGGCGCUGGGUGUGGGCAGCUCGCUGGGCGUGGGCGUGUACGUGCUGGUGGGCUCCGUGGCGCUGCACCUCGCCGGCCCGUCCAUCGUGCUGUCCUUCCUCAUAGCGGCUGUGGCGGCCAUAUUUGCAGGGAUGUGCUACGCGGAGUUCGGGUCGCGCGUGCCCAAGGCCGGCUCGGCCUACGUGUACACGUACGUCACGGUGGGGGAGUUCGCGGCCUUUAUCAUCGGCUGGGACAUGAUCCUUGAGGCGGUGUUUGGUACUGCGAGCGUCGCCCGCGGACUGAGCAUGUACGUGGACUCGAUGACGAACCACUCCAUGUCGUCCUGGUUCACGUCAGCGGUUCCCAUCCACUCGCCGCAAUUCUCGCCUUACUUCGAUUUCUUCUCCUUCUUCGUUGUUUUGAUCUUAGGGGUGUUGCUGGCGUUCGGAGUGCGCGAGUCGUCGAUGGUCAACAACGUGUUCACAGCCAUCAACUUGCUCGUCAUACUGUUCAUUAUCUUCGCGGGAGCCUUUAAAGCUGACUCCAACAAUUGGCGCAUACCACAGGAAGAAGUUCCGGAAAACCGUGGAGUGGGGGGGUUCUUCCCUUACGGCGUGUGGGGGAUGCUGAAGGGCGCCGCGGUCUGCUUCUACGGGUUCGUGGGCUUUGACAGCAUCAGCUCUACUGGGGAAGAGGUGCGCGACCCUCGGCGCGUCCUCCCACUGUCGAUCAUGAGCACGCAGGUGAUAGUGUUCGCGGCGUACGCCGGCGUCGCCACCGUCGUCACCAUGAUGAUGCCUUACUACCUUCAGGAGACCGUGGCGUCGGUGGCCACUUCCUUCGCGUUCGUGGGCUGGGAGUGGGCGCGCUGGCUGGUCACAGUCGGCGCCGUGCUGGGGAUCACCGCCAGUUUGUACGGCGGCAUGUUCCCCUUGCCCCGCCUGCUGUACUCGAUGGCGUCGGACGGGCUGCUGUUUCACUGGCUGGCGCAUGUCACUGUCAAACGGAAGUCCCCCACCAUCGCAACCGUGCUGUCGGCUAUUGUUAUUGCUCUCCUAGCAGCCAUCUUGGAACUAAACGAACUGAUACUAAUGAUGUGCGUCGGCACACUGCUGUCUUACACCAUCGUCGCUUGCUGCGUUAUUAUAUUAAGGUAUCGCUCGGAGGCACCCUCUUCUGGCUCGAGCCUUGCGAAGCAAAUCUUCGGCCUCGGUGGCAGAUCGCCGACGAAAACCACUACCUAUAUUAUGAACAUUUUGCUUGUUACAUUCGGUAAGUUGAUUUUAUGCACGUGUUUCACGACGGCGAUAGUGUGGCACCACGCGACCCAUUGGCUGGUGCCCGUCUCUAUCCUACAUGCGGUGGGGGUCGUGCUGAUCAUGAUCAUGGCCUUGCAGCCGCAGGUCAAGGAGGAGUUGGCCUUCAAGACUCCUCUGGUUCCAAUUAUCCCAUGCCUGAGUAUAUACGGUAACGUAAACUUGAUGAUCCUGAUCAAAGUGGAGACUUGGAUUCGGGUGCUCAUAUGGAUUGCUAUUGGUAUACCAGUGUAUAUUUUCUGUGUGUGUUGCUAUAAACAAAAAUAUGAAGUAGGCUUGGAUGACAGCAUAAAUACUAAGCAAAAACCAAUUGUCAACGGAAAAGCGCCAGUUCAAAUAUACGUUGUAUCGCCAACCCCUCCUAGUGCUACCAGGCGUAGUAACCAAGGAGAACAAAUACUGCAAGAUGAUGUAAUAGAAGUUGUGUUAAGAGACGAUAUCGUAAAAGAAGAACCAAUAAUAACAGAACAUAUUCUAGUACAGCAUGCAUAUAUCGAAGACAACGAAGAAAAAGAAGCAAAAAUUAUAGACUUACUCGAUCAAGUAUUACAAGCCGAAGAAGAUUCUUACGGAGAAAUAAUUAGCUUAAAAGAACAAAAGGUAGAUGAACCGAGAGUAGAUGACACUAAAGUUGAAGAAAACGAUGUUCACAGAAAAUCAUUAAGUAAUUUAUCUGAUGCCGGAUCGGAAGCAUCUAUGGGUCAUCAAGUAUUAUCUAAAUAUGACGUUAUAGCACAAGUACAUAGAGAAGAUUUGCCAAAAGUGAACGAGGAAGAAGAGAAAAACGAAAAAGAAGCAGAAUUUAAGGACUAUGACUUAGAUGAAGAAGUUACAGCUUUUAACGACAGUGAUUCACGGACCGACGAAUCUGGUUACUCAGACACUAUUGAUAAAACAGCACUUAAUGAAUCUAUGGAAGACUUUAAGGAAAAUAUUCCGCGUAUACCAACUCCACCACCAUUCGACGAAAGUUACUUCGCGACUCCUGCUUUCAAAAAAUCAUACACAAUAGCAGCUAGGCCAUUGAGAAAGAGUGUUGUUGAAUCUGAAGAGGAAAAUAAACGUGAAAGUGUACUGUCGAAUACUUCGUAUGACGACACUCCUAUGGUGUUUGGUAGCGACAAACAAAUGAAUUUCAUGUCAAAAUUAGAAAACAUAUUUCAAACUAAAAUGACAGGGCCUGAUGAAGAGCCAGUAAAAAGGUCAAGUUCGUUGGACAACGUAGUAGAAAAUACAAACGAUAUAAAGAUCCCGGAAAGACCUUCCAUGUUCUUCGAUCUGAAAAAAGAAAUAAUGUUAGGUGCAGCUGCACAGAAUUUACGCCAUGUACAUGAAGAAGACAAGUCAUCUGCGGUUAACGCUGAUGAAGAAGAAUCUAGUUUAAGCAGAGAAGAGUUAAAAACUAAGUUAGAGUCAAUUUUCGCUCAAGGCGGUCCGAAACCAAUGAACGCAAAAUUAAUGAAAUCAAAUCCCCCCACACCUGAGGAAGCUUCUCAAACCGAUACAUUGAGUUCAGACAGUUUAGUGAAAGAGCCAAAGAUGGAGAAGAAUGAUACGUUAAAGAGGCAAAAGUCCAAAUUUGGAGAAGUUCUGAAUUCAUUCCGUUUAACUUUAAAUAAAGACGACGAGGUGUAAUUUAUUAGUGCAUAACGCUGGAAGCAAUACUGCCAGAUAUCGUACAAGAAUGACUGACGUGUAGUGUGUUUCAUUCUAAAUCGUGCGAAUGAGAAGAAUAAUUAAAUUUUUCGAGCUAAUACUAGCAAGCAAAGUGUAUAAAUCGGUCCCGUUAAAUAUGCCUAGUCUUAUGUCGUAAGUGCCUUAUUUAAAUAAUAUUAAAUAGUAUUUGUUUGUUAUAUUUUAUUAAUAAGUUUGAAACUAUUUUAGUAAUACUAUAAUAAGAAAUUUAAAUCAGUAAUUAAGAUAAAAAAGCAUUAAAAAACAAAACCAUUCCAAGACUGAAGUCAUGUGCCCAAGUAUAAAAUGCAUUUUUAGGGUUUGUUUCCACAAGACAGUCUAAAAUUUCCUGUCACAUUUUUAUCAAGUAUUUGCUAAAAAUUCAAAUAAUGCAGGUGUCCAUGAAGACACGCUACAAUUUAAUGAUGAGUACUAUGUUUUUCUUAUACACCUAAAAGCAGACGCUCAAGCCGACGAAAUCACUAUAUACUUAUUCAUUGGCAAAGUUUUCCAAUUACCUACUCAUAGUAUAUAACAUACAUCUUAUGCCUAACAUCAUUGUAAAUUCCAUCAUAUACAUGGCAUUUUUUAAUUAGACUGCACUUUACUUAUGUUAAGAAAUGAUGCAGGCUAGAUUGACUGACUGCUCUAAUGUAAUACAUUAGUGGAAACGAAUCCUUAUACAAAUAAAAUUAAUAUUGUCUUAUACAUAUAAUUUAAAUAAUUUGUUCUGUAAUUUAUUUCUCGUGUUAAAAUAAAAAAAAAAAUGUU